UCAGUUUGUCUGAUAUCUAUGAUGUAUUCUGUUCGUGCCUUUAUUAAUACGUGUUGGUUUUUAUAAGUAUAAGCAUAAGCUUCGAAGGAAGAAUGAAAUAAGAUUUGUACAAAUUAAUAAUUUUUUCGAAUAUCAAACAAUACAAUAUAAAUAUUAAACUUCGAUAAAAGAAGUACUGUGUGAAUACAUUAUGAAGAUAAUUUUGGUUUGGUAAAAAAUAUUAAACAAUAUGGACCAAUCCUACAAUGCAUACUCUUCUUGGUUAUGUCGAUCACAGACAGAGAAUAAAUCGCAAAGAGAUUUGACGUGGCCUCAGCUUAGCUUUCAAAAUCAAAUGAAACAUACUGCACAGAAAAAUGAACAACAUUGCAGAUAUCGUAGUGAUGCGAGUAUAUCAACAGAGAUAUUUACUCAAGUAAGUUUAAAUGAGUCAGAAUAUCCUGAACUUGGUCAGAAAAAUGUAAAGAUUAAGAGUUUGCCAGAUCUUUUUGUUUCUCAUCAUGAAUCUGUUAUCACAGAAACUGUGAUACCCUAUGUUACAAAAAAAGCAAAACAUCAAAAAUUGUUAGGAUUACAUAAGCAUAGAAGAUCGGAGAAGUUAUUUCUUGACUUAAGUAAAGCUUUGGAAAAUGCAGAAUGUUUCAUAAAUAGGAAUAGAAAAAAAUCUAGAAAACUAAAGUUCGACGUUUACAAAAUAAAUUCAAGUGGAGCUAACACAAAUAAAUCAAAUGAAAAGGGUUUCCAAAUAAGAAAAAAUAAAUUGUACAAUAUAAAAUUUAAAAAACCAUCAAGAUUAAAGAGAACAAUUAUACUAGAACGCUGGAAUAAUAUGAAAAUGAAAUAUCAAGAUGAGAUCAACACCAGAAAGAUAAAAGAAAACGUUAUAAAUGUGAAUAGUAUUAAUUUGAAUACCUUAAAGAUCAAAUCAGAUCCGGAAGUGGAUGUAGAUUAUGUAAAACUUAUGUCAACAUUGACAGUUUAUGAUAGAGAUUACAGAAACACUAUAGUGGAAAACAUUUCUGAAGAUUCUGUACAAUUUCGGCCGGACUUAACUCAGAAAUUAGAUGAGUUAAAGAUUUCGGAUGUGAAAGAUAAGAAUAUUUCCACUGCUCCUUAUAGAAAUGCGUUUAACAAUACUAAUGAUUUAAACGUUUUGCAACGUAAUUUGUCUCUUACUGACGAGGAUAAUGUAGAUAUUAAACCAAAUAUUAAUAAUUUGUUAGAUGUAAAAUAUUCCAAAAAUGUUAGAGAAUAUUGUAAUAAUUUAAUAACUUUUUCUCUUAACGAAUCCUUGGAAAAAUUUUUGUCUGAAAUUCGAAGGCUUCAAACAAAACUUUACAAUAGAGAUCAAAAUAAGGGCAAGUAUAAACGUCGUUAUUACUCGGGCUUAAAGGAGGUUCAAAAACACGUUCUAUUAAAAAAAGUGCAAUUUGUUGUGAUAGCACCGGAUAUUGAAAAGAUUUUAUCUGCAGGUGGUUUGAACGAAGAAAUUGACAAAUUAUUGGAAAAUUGCAAAACGCAUGAGACAGUUUUUUGCUUUGGUCUCCGUAGGCGGAAGCUAGGAUAUUAUGCUCAUGGUAAUGGACUCGUAAGUUGUAUAGGCAUAUCUAAUUAUGCUAAUGCCGAGCAAUUCUUUUGGAACGUUCUCGUCGAGGUAAUAAUUGCGCGGAACAUGUUUGAAGAAUUGCGAGGAAGAUCAGAGAAAAUAAUUGACAUAUCGAAAAUAAUUCAGGAAAAUGGUCUCUUAACAGAAAACAUUGGAGUUCUACUCAAGAGUUUAGCGUCAAUUAAAUAAAGUAACAAUCUUGAAAAAUCCUCGUAUAUUGAAAAUCAGAGAAACUAAUAUUAAAUUUGCAUCUACUUAAUUCUAGUAAUUCUCAGGAUAGAGAAGUAUUCAUAAGAUAAAACAGUUCAGUAGCGAACUGUAUCUAUGUAACCUUGAGGCGAUGAACAUCUAGGGCAUGUCCUGAUUCAACUCAAAUAUGAAAAAGAGGAUGUUGGAUUUGAUAAAUGAAGUUUACAAUUGUAACAGUAGACGUGGGAUUACUUGAAGCUAUUUUUUAUAUAAUAUAUCGAUAAUAAAUUCAUAGUGACGAAAAUC